GAGUCUCUCUGCUGCAACCUCAUGUCGCCCGCGACGACUUUAAACGAAAGCUAGAGCUAUCUGUCACCUUCGCCGUAGAUUAAGCGCUUUUGCGAAAACCCUGAAAACCCUGUAGGUACGUGUGUAAGUACAUUGAUAGGUAGAAACAUUUUACCUGCCUAUUGCCGUACCCGCAUAACUAUUACGACAGUUGUCAUCACAGCAUUAGCAUUCGUAAAGGUUGUUUGAAAAAGUUAUUUAUUUUUCGGUAAUGUUUCAACGAAGCAACAUUAAAAUUUACUUGGUAGUUUUAGCAUCCUCCUUUAGCGUUAUCUUAAUCCUAGCUGGAAGUCAUUACUUGGAUAAGAAAAUCUAUCGACCAGUGACGGAGAAGAACCGGAUUUCUGUACCGAAUUCGAAGAUCGAUGAUAAUAAUGUUGUUCAUCAGCAGCAUCCCUCCACAAAGCCUGAAGAACCUGGUGAUGACAUCGUCAUUGAUAAAUUAAUACAAAGGCAGCGAUUAGUGAUUGCAUCAGAGUAUGCUAACAGUAAUUUUAGUGCAAGUAAAUUGAAGGAUCUGCUACUGGAGGCGGGAGGGCAGCCCGUGCGCAGUCUGAUCAUGUCAACUUUCAGGUCGGGGUCCACUUUCCUUGGUGACAUACUUAAUGCUGUACCUGGCAACUUCCAUUUCUAUGAACCUUUAAUUAAAUAUGAAUCAAAACAAAUAAGAGGACCUCCCGAAGCCACAGAUGCCGUAAACAUACUCAAAAACAUGUUAAAGUGUAACGUCGAGGGAAUGCGUGAUUAUUUAACAUUUGCAAAGGGACAUACAGUGACAUUUAAACUAAACCCAAGACUAUCGGGCAACUGUAAAAAUAACAGAUUGUGUGAGGAUGCUCAUUACACAUCGAAGUUUUGCAAAUUGUUUCCGUUCCAGAGUAUGAAAGUGGUGCGUUUGAGGUUGAGACUCAUCGAGGAUAUUCUGCAGGACAAAGACUUCUCCAAUUUGAAGGUGGUGUUGCUCGUCAGGGACCCUCGCGGCGUGCUGAGCUCCCGCCAGACCCGGCCCUGGUGCCGCGCGUGGCCGGACUGCUGGGACCCCACGCUCCUGUGCGGUGACAUGGCCAGCGACUACGUGGCACUUACUCGCUUGCACGGCAAGUUUCCGAACCGACUCACUGCGGUGCGUUUUGAGGAUCUGGCGGUGAACUACACUCGCGAGACAAAGAGGCUGUUCCAAACCCUCGGAAGGCCCAUGGAGGCAGCAGUAGAUGACUUUUUCAAGGCUCACACACACAACGCAAGGGACAAAAAUGCCUACUCCACCUUCAGGGUGUCUCAAAAUGUACCAUUCCAGUGGAUAAAAUACCUCGAUUACCAAUUUGUCAAACAGAUUCAGGAGGUAUGCUCGGAGGCGAUGGCCCUCUGGGGCUACCGCGCGGCGCUGAGCGCGGGGCAUAUGCGGAGCCGGCACUUCCAGCCUGUCGGCCCGUAUGACGUCACCCGGGGAGUGCCUGUCAUCUAACAUCGCUACACUGCUGACUUCCUUGCUUUGGUUCUGACUGCGUCAUGCAAGUCCUUAUUAAGCUUUUUAUUGCAAUAUUAUUAGAAUUUCUGUUCUGA